CACGCGCCGUUCCUAGUUAUUUUGUCUGUAGAUUAAAAUGACAAUAAAAUCUUUAUUAACCAUGGUUUGUAUUUACAAGCCUACGAACUGUUAUUUGUCUCUAGAUAAUGGCCCGCUUUUAACGUGUUUCGUUUCGCGCCCACCCCAAUAUCGAAUUGCAAAACAAAGUGAUUUAUUUCUCCGUCGGAAAACAACCGCUCUCUAACUUUUACACAAAAAGAAUAGGACAUUCGUCAAAACUACCAAAAGUUUACGGCGACGUCGAGACGUCUGGCCGGUUGCGUUGUAUAUCCACAUUCUGCCUGAGACACCGCCAAAACGAGUGCUGAAAGAGGUUCUAAGGAAUCAUCGCGGCUCUGCUUCUCGCACCCGCACGUCCGCGCCAGGCUGGAGAAACAUAUGGGAUCCAACUUGGUGCGGCUGACGGACAAGGCCUACAUGACGGAGCUGGAAGAAAGGAUCCGCGCCGUCAAUGAGGAGAACCUCAACAAGAGAAUCACCACGCGCGUUAUGGAUGAGAUGGAAAGGCUCAAACGACUAAUCCUAGUUGGGAAGACGCCACUGAAGGAGUGCCCACCAGAGUUGUUCCAUCACCCAGUCUUUGUAUUUUGGCGAAUGGUCAACAGGGAAGUUAGCCGCGCGUCAAAAAAACGUGCCGACAAAUAUUAUAGAAAAUUGAAGGCCGCACAGAAAGUGGACCUGUCCAUGGCCGAGGAACAUGUUCCAGAGGAAGUUGUAAACAGCAAAACGUUAACAGCAGAAGAGCUUUUAUCAAAAGCUCGUGAAGAAAUGGAACAUCAGAAGCAAUUAGACCUGGAGAAAGGUGUUCGCUUCACCGACGAACAGUUUGCGCAACUCAAAUACGAAACUAAUGAUAUUAAAACUCUAAAGAAUCUAACGACUGUCGAGGAGCUAUACGCCUUGGCGGAUAGGAUCAUCGGGAACAAACGUCUGUAAUCUGUAAAAUGCUAUAUUUAUUUUUAAGAGUAACUUAUAUAUACAUAGCGUGAUGUACCUGAUUUCAAAAUAUACGUAAUAGUAUGUCGGUCCACGUCAUAGUACUAUCACAUUAUUAUAUCUCUUUACGAGGAUUAAAAACAUUGUAAACUUCAACGUAGUGAAAGUAAGCAACAUGUGAUUUUAUAUUUAAUAAAGGUCCAU